AUGUUUUCUUGUUAUUUGAGUUCAAUUAUCAUCAAAUGGACUUCCUUUACUCAAUUCAUCUUCUUCUUCUUCCUUCUCUUCUUUACCUCUCCAUACGACGCCGUUUCACCCUUCUCCGACAAAUCUACUCUCCUCCGUCUCAAAUACUCCAUCUCCGACCCCGCCGGAUUACUCUCUUCCUGGAACCCUUCUUCCCCCCACUGUUCCUGGUACGCUGUCCGCUGUGAUUCUAACUUCCGUGUCGUUUCUCUCAACAUCACCGGUGACGGCGCUCGCGCUCAUGCUCACCGGAGUUCGACUUCCACUUCACUUCCUUGCUCCGAUUUUGGUAAGUUUCCCCUUUACGGAUUCGGGAUUAGGAGAAGUUGUGUUGGUGUUAAGGGUUCUUUGUUAGGAAAGUUUCCAUCUUUUAUCAUUGACUUGACUGAGCUUAGGGUUCUUUCUUUACCUUUCAAUGGCUUUGAGGGUUUAAUUCCCGAUGAGAUUUGGAGUAUGAAGAAACUCGAAGUUCUUGAUUUAGAAGGUAAUUUUAUUACUGGCCAUCUUCCUUUUCAUAUUCAAGGUUUGAAAAAAUUGAGGCUUUUGAAUUUGGGGUUUAAUAACAUUCUUGGAGUCGUGCCUAGUGUUUUAUCUUCUCUCGAUAGUUUGGAGGUUUUGAAUUUAGCUGCUAAUGGUUUGAAUGGUUCUGUUCCUGCUUUUGUUGGGAAGCUUAGAGGGGUGUAUUUGUCUUUUAAUCAAUUUAGUGGAGUUAUUCCGGAGGAGAUCGGUGAGAACUGUGGGAAGCUUGAGCAUUUGGAUUUGUCUGGUAACUCUUUGAUUCAAGCGAUUCCCAAGAGUUUGGGGAAUUGUGUUAGGUUGAGGACACUUUUGUUGUAUUCAAAUUUGUUGGAAGAGGGUAUUCCUGUUGAAUUUGGAAACCUUACGAGCCUUGAGGUGUUGGAUGUUUCAAGGAAUACGCUUAGUGGUUCUAUUCCUGGCGCGCUUGGGAAUUGUAAAGAGCUUUCUGUUGUUGUGCUCUCCAACCUUUUCGAUCCGGUUGGGGAUUCUGAGUUUGUUACUUUGAACGAUGAGUUGAAUUAUUUUGAAGGUUCAAUGCCUGAGGAAGUUGUGUCACUCCCUAAGUUAAGGAUUUUGUGGGCUCCCAUGGUGAAUUUGGAAGGAAGUUUUCCUAGGAAUUGGGGUGCUUGCGGUAACUUGGAGAUGGUUAGUUUGGCUCAGAAUUUCUUCACCGGAGAGUUCCCGAACCGGCUUGGUUUCUGCAAGAAGCUGCAUUUUCUUGACCUGAGCUCAAACAAUCUUACCGGGGAGCUUUCGAAGGAACUUCAUGUUCCAUGUAUGACUUUGUUUGAUGUUAGUGGAAACAUUUUAUCUGGUUCAGUUCCUGAUUUCUCCAAUAAUGUUUGUCCCCCCUUUCCUUCCUGGAAUGGGAAUCUGUUCCAAACUGGCGACAUUGCAUCUCCUUAUGCAUCAUAUUUCUCAUCGAAAGCUCGGGAGAGAACCCUUUUCGCAUCUUUAGGGGGAGUUGGUCUUUCAGUUUUUCACAACUUUGAGCAAAACAACUUCACUGGUAUUCAAUCAUUGCCAAUAGCGCUUGACAGGAUGGAAAAGAGUGGUUACACACUUCUUUUGGGAGAGAACAAGCUCACAGGACCAUUUCCCACGUAUUUGUUUGAGAAAUGCGAUGGAUUAGAUACAUUGCUUUUGAAUGAUCAAUUCCCUUUACGGUAG